UAGAGUUCGCCGAGCAUUGAAUGACAUUUCGCUUGUUGGUUUUGAUGUUUGUGUCAAACGCAAGCUGAUAUUGCUUUAGAAUGCAUGCAUGAUAAUACCGCGUCAAUAAGAAAACGAAGAAAACAUCGAAAUAAAAACAAAUGUUGUGAUCUACUGAAGGUUUAGUAAAGUUUCGUCCAUCUGACAAAGCAAACGCGCAAUAAAAUAUCUAAAAUGCCUCAUAAGCGGAAAAUUACCGAGACAAUAACGCAAACAAUAGAGGCGAGUCAGCAUCGACCCCAUAAGAAGCUUCGCAUUACAGCAAAACGUUCGACUAGCAAUGCCGGUCCAUCGAUACAGGUGCUGUCAAAUUUGCUAAAAACAACGACAAAUAGCAAUGAAGCGCUACAAAUACUGACUCAAAUUUCGGACACAUUGGUCAACAGUGCGACCGAGGACAUUGUGGAAUCGAUUCGGAAGCUUCGUGAACAUUUCAAACGGGAAAAAGAGUCGGCAGUUCGAGUGAAGGUACUGGCUUUAUUCGGAGAAUUGGCUGCCGACAGUCUGCACGAUGGCACAAGUCUGGUGGACGAAGUGACUCUGUUGCUGAAAGGUGAAACAUCGCCAAAGGUCAUAUCACAAGGUUUGCACAGUCUAUUCAAAAUUGGUGAGACACAGCAAUUGCCAUUACCGACAUUGAACCGAAUCGUUCUGUUUGCCAAGUUGCAACUAACAAAUGCCAGCCACAAUGUGCAACGGCAUGCAUUAACUUUGCUCGGUGCAUUUUUGCAACUGCGCGAAGCGGAAAAAGAAUCUUUGGAUUUGAUUAGCCGAUACACCGACUCACAAGAUUCGCGCGUUCGAGCCCAAGCAUUCGAUUCAAUUCUAACACUUGGACAACGUGACACCUAUUUACCGCCACGACUCUAUUUUCGAGCACUUGAAGCCCUAAAAGAUGACUAUGAAUGUGUACGAAAGAAGGCACUGCGAUUAGUUUAUGAACUUGGCAUUAAACACACGGAAUUUAUGAUUGACGUGCCCGAAUCUGACUCAAAAUUGCGCAUGGUUGAUGCUGCUUUUGGUCACAUUUGCUCCGCAAUUUGUGAUUUAUCCAUGCUGGUCCGUACACAAGCUGCCAGCUUGCUCGGUGGCAUGACGGCGGUUAGCAGCGAAUUCUUACAUCAGACUCUUGAUAAGAAGCUUAUGAGUAACUUACGACGCAAGAAAAGUUUGCACGAACGAUACACGGAACUAUUUCAAAGUGGUGAAUGGUCAAGUGGAAAAAAGUGGGCCGACGAUGCACCAAAGGAACAGAUCAAUGCAUCGACUGUAUCAUUGAUGGCAUCUGGUGCAUGUGGUGCAUUGGUGCACGGUUUGGAAGAUGAAUUUCUUGAGGUGCGAACAGCUGCCGUUGAUUCAUUAUGCAAAUUGGCCAUAUCAAAUCCGAAAUUUGCCGUAUUGAGCUUGGACUUCUUGGUUGACAUGUUCAAUGAUGAAAUUGAAGGCGUUCGACUCAAGGCUAUCGCCAGUUUAACAGCAAUCUCAAAACAUAUCACACUGCGCGAAGAUCAACUGGAAACGAUGCUGAGUUCGUUGGAGGAUUAUUCAGUGGAAGUGCGCGAGGGAUUGCAUGUUAUGCUGGGUGUGUGUCGAGUUUCUACGCAAACUUGUUUGCUGAUGGUUGUUCAAAAAGUGUUGGACGUGCUGUCGAAAUAUCCACAGGAUAAAUAUUCAGCCUUUGGCUGUAUGCAGCGAAUUGGUGCAAAGCAUCCGGAGAUUUGUAUGUCUUUAGUGACGCAAUUGCUACAAGACCAUCCAUUUUUCGAUAGUGCCGAAAAAGAUGUUGAAGAUCCGGCAUACGUGUGCAUUUUAAUCAUGAUAUUCAAUGCGGCACAAAAAUUGCCACCAGCACUGGAUCUAUUGCCUGAAAUCACGAUAAAGCAUUAUUCAUAUUUGCGUGACACAAUGCCGAAUUUGGUGCCUGCAUUGCCAAUCGGUGGAACAUCCACUGAACUAACGAUCACCCAAGUAUCGACUGGAUCUCGGCAAUUCCUCGAAACAAUUUUGAAUAAUAUUCAAGCAUCAUAUUCAGCUCCGCGUGCCCGUCAAGCACUGCUCACUGCUGCACAAGACAAUUUAGAUCGUUUGGCUGCCAUUGAUCCAGAACUAUCUGGUACGGCAAACUAUACGGCCACAUUUUUGGGUGCUCAAUUGCUGAUUGAACAGCUACAAUCGUGUUUAACAAUGUCGACCAGCCGCACACCAUCCAAAGAAUGCUUGAAUCAAUUGAUGAAAAAGUGCCUUAAACUACAAAAUCUUUUCUCGUCGCUCACACCGAACGAUUUACUUAUGGUGAAACAGAUCAGCUUGCGGGCAAGUGCACUGCAUCUUGUAUUGAUUGUGAAAGAUCGAUCACAGAGUGCAUUAGCACCAUGUCAAUUGCUCCUACAAAUUGCGGCCGAUACAAAUCAAUUUCUUAAUGAAAAUCCAUACAUGCGGGCUGAUGCAUUCACCACAUCGAUAUUGAAUCAAAUAUCAAGCAUGAACGAUCCGAAACCGGGACGAGUGUUUCGAGAAAUUUUACCCAUCGUUCAAGCAGCGUCUCCGGUCGCUUCACCAGAAAUUAAUAUCAAUAUAAAAAUCUGUACGGCUCGUAUUUUGGAUCCAACGUCAGCCGCAUCAAGCGAUAAUGUGAUUAAAGUGACAGCUGGUCUCAUUGCAGCCAUACCAUUUCUGGCCGAAAUUGACAAUUUGCGUGAAAGUCAGCGAUUAGAUUUGCGUAUGAGAAUCAAGUAUCCCGAUCAAAAUGUUCAUCUAAUGGUACCACGGAUGCGAGACCUUAAACGAAUGGUCACAGAAAAUGGAGAAGAUACGAAUAACUGGCGUCUACGAACCAGCUUAUUAUUGUCACACGGUGUGUGGACAGAAGCGAGUCAAAUCGACAUUUCACUUUGUUUAUCAGUGAGGCCAGGGCAUGAAUUGGAACUCUGUAAGCCGGUUAAGGUUAUGUUUGCUCCAAAACCGGUCAAACGUGGAAUUUAAAAAUUUAUUCAGUUUGAUUAAAAAUAUGUAGAUAAUAAAAAAAAUUGUCCACUCUAGUGA